ACUUUAUACACGCAGACAAACUUGAUGAUAUAAACGGGACAUAACGGUAGGAGCAACACGUGAACAUUGACACUUCGUUUCAACAGUUUUGAAAUGUUUGGGAUAAUUUAAGCAGAACAACCGUAACAUUUAUUUUGAGCUUUUUUUACGUAGUGCAAAUGAAUGCCGAAUUCAGUGAAUAUUUCAAGGCUCCGUCAAACUAUUCGGAACCUCACGACACGGAGUUAGAUGGUAGCACACAGUUUCCGAAUCUAAAUUCAAUUGAAUUUCGGAGCCGUAAAAAUGAUGAUGGUGUUGCUUUGCUGCCAUUCUACGAAUUACUGGAAGCUAACGAAGACCAAUCUAUCAUUUUGUUGGCUACAAAUUCGUACAACCAACGGCUAUGGAAUGGCGCAGUUUUCGGUUAUGGCAAAUUUGACGACAUCGGCAAACCAAAUACGGGUAUUAUAAAGUUGCCAUUUGAUUCGAAUGUGACCGGAAUCGGCUGGACUGGAAAAACAAUGGUCGUGUUCACAACGGCCACUGGAACAAUCCAAUUUUGGUCGCUACAAUCAGAAAUUCGCCAACAAAAUGGCUACAACUUAUUUCAAGUGUCAAAGAAGACUGAGCAUUUUGGAUUGAUUAGCGGUUUCACUCUGUUUGAUGGCGAUAAAAAGGACAAAGCCGUGACUGGUUCAACUGAUGGCUGCCUCAAAAUUUGGAAGUUGGGUGCUUGUGAUAUUAUAUCCGAGCAAACUUAUCGAUAUGCCCAUAAAGCUGCCAUCACUGGUGUUUCCAGUAAGCCAAACUCAGACGAUUUAUUUGCUACCACGUCACGGGACCAUUCUCUUUCAAUUUGGGAUCUGCGCUCAAAAAUGCCACUUGUUAAUUGUUUCAAGAACGAAGACUUCGCCAACACAGCAUGUCUAUGGGCACAACCACAAAACAAUGGUGUUGAUAAUUUGUUUGUGGGUGAGGACAGCGGAAAAAUGCAUAUUCUCGAUCCCAGGAAGCUCAACGAAUACGUGGUAACACAAACUCUGUUCGAGCGUCCAAUUUACAAAUUCAGGUUGAGUCCAUCUAAAAAAUCACUGUGCAUACUCGGCCAAACUAAUACACUCAAAGUUGUAAGCAUGACGACUGGCGCGGAAACAAUUUACACAGAUUCAACUGCAUGCGAUUAUGUUCGUGAUGUUUGCUGGAUAAACAACCAAAACGAUGCACAACAAUCAUUCUACUCGAUCGGUUGGAGCAAAAAUGUUGGACAGCACUCAAUCAAAGAGUCAUCGACAUCAUCAUCACAAGCAUCAUAAAGCAUUUUUUUUAUGUCAAGUUUUAAGUUUCAGCUUGUGGCUGAUAUGAACCACAACAUAGAUAACGAUAUGACGAUUAAAAUUAUUUUAUAAAUAAAAUAAUACUGGUUCUUUUUUCGUCUUUUCGAACAAA